AAGAAGCACCAGCUGUCGUUUUCUUUGUUUUUCCACACAGAGGGCCAAGAGAAAAAUUAAACCUUUAACAUUUGAUAUAUCUUCAGUGUUUUAAAAAUAUUUCUCACACUUGGAUGUGUCUAUAAUCUGUGAAAUCCUGCUCUUUAAUCAAGCACAGAUUACAGAACAGCUGUUGAACAUGACGCCUACUUUUAAGACUUGACUUUGAGUCUUUUUCAAAGCCAAGAGAAAUCUGCUUGAUGUAGCUGGCCAAACCUUAAUCCAUAAAAAAAACGCAAUACAAACCCUUUAAUGGGAUUCAAAAGUGGGCUACAAGUAUUAUUUCCAAAUUACAUGAUCCACUUUAUAUGCCAACACCAGUCAAUGACCCUCACACACACCACUCCUCCCCCUUGGGUCUUGUGCGUAAUAGGGUUUGGCACACUGGUGCGCACUGCGUAAACAAAAGCACAUUGUCGGUGUCACUGGCAGCCAGUGUAGAAGUGGGAGAAGUGAGCAUUCAUUUCCUGUGCUCUCCAGACAGCGAGUGGACUUUUUUCUUGUUUCAGCUAUAGCUUCAUAGAUCCGCAAGAGAUGGAAUUACUGGUCCCUGUUCUCCUGCACUGGAUGGAGGUCUGAGGGAAAGUCUAAGAGGCUGACAAACAUCCUCUGGAAAAUAAGUCACCUAAAGCUUUAAGGGAUCAUGCCGUGCGUCCAGACCCAGUGCGGCUCCUCUCCACCAGGAGCCAGCCUGGCCUCUCAGAGUACCAGCGGAGAGCGUAACUGCGACUUCCUCACCCCGGAGUUUGUCAAGUUCAGCAUGGACCUGACGAACAGUGAAAUCUCCACUACAUCCUCGGGUCAAAGCUUUGGUCCUUUUGGUGACACUUUUAGCACCGGGUACGACGUGAAGCCCCCAUGCCUCUUCCAGAUGCCAGUGCAGGGGGAGUUUCCGUGCGUAAAGGUGGAGGAUGCGCACGGGUGUCCACGGUAUCAGCCGAAUCCGCACCAGUCAGAGGAACUGAUCACUUCUCCUGGUUCUGUUUAUUACUACCGCUCUCCAUCACCGCACAACAUGACACCCAACUUUCAGACUCCACCUGGACAUUUAUGGGAGGACUCCGGCUCUCUGUACACUUUUCGUCAAGAAUAUUUGGCUGCAGCUCACAGGAAAAACACACUCUCCAGAUUUUCACUGUUUUCGCUCAAACACGCGCCACACAGCAGCCACCACGUGAAAUUUGACGGAUCCCUCCACGUGUCCAUGAGUUUGGACUCAAACGGGGCGCACCAGCCGCUGGACAGCUCCGGAGUUUUGGGAAAGCAGCCUGGAGUGGGGUUUCCUCACCCUCUUCAGCUCGCACACAGUCACCACUUCAUGGACUACCACCAGACCUCUUCUGCCCACGGCCGAGGAGGGCUGAGCGCGGAGGGGCUGUGCGCGGUGUGUGGAGAUAACGCAGCAUGUCAGCACUACGGAGUGCGCACAUGCGAGGGCUGCAAGGGCUUCUUUAAGGAAUGCCUUAGGAGAGAAACAAUGGUCUCACAUGAAGCGUAACCAAUGCAAAUUUAAGAAACAGCUGUUUUCAGAGAAUUCAACUUUUCAAAUUCAAACGAACGGUACAAAAGAAUGCCAAGUACGUGUGUUUGGCUGCCAAAAGCUGCCCUGUGGACAAACGCAGGAGGAACCGGUGUCAGUACUGUCGCUUUCAGAAGUGCCU